AAGAAUUGUGCAAAAUCAAAAUUAUUAUAAAAACAAAUAAAUUGGCACAAAAUCAACUACGUCAAGUAAUAAUUUAAAAAAAAAUAAAUAAAGCAAUUGUGCCAAAAAAUUUAAAAAAGAAAUGCAAAAUGUAAAAUAGUUGCAAAACAACCAAUUUACAAUCAUAUUUGUUUCACAAAUCCCAAAACAACCCCUCCAACUAACAACUUUUUAAUUUUGUCAAAAAUAAUAAUAAAUCCCCUAAAGAACGAAGUAAAAAUAAAGUUUCUCUAAAAAAGUCCUUAAAAAGUUUCAUAAGCAACCACCGAUUUUCUUAAUACAAAUAAAACCAAUCACAUUAUUCUGAUACAAAUAUAAAUUAUCAAAUCUAAAAAUAAAUGUUGUGAAUUACUACUUACUCAUACAUAUUAAGUGUAAAUCAAAAAAAUCCUUAUAAAAUUUUUAAUAAAAGUGCAAAUUUGUAAAUGAAAACAUAUUAUAAUAAUACCUUAUACCUUAUUUAGUAAAAUUGUUUAAAAUUUGCGCAGUUUUUUAAUAAAAAAAAUUUUCAAAUUAAAUUUUGAUUAAAAAAUAUAAAUUAUUUUGAGAUCCAUUACCACAGACAACAACUAUUUGAAUACAAGAUGCCUCAAUUUUGGAUAAUCAUUUUAUGGUUAGGAUUACUUGCUUUUAAACCAAUAGACGCUCACACGGAUGCCGAUGUGCAGUUGAAGGUGCCGAGAUGGGUGGAACGUGGUACCAGUGCGACACUAGAAUGUCUGCAUGAUGUAGAUUCGAGUGUUCUAUUCAAGGUAUCAUGGUUUAGGGAAGAAAUGAAAUUUUUCGAAUUUGUUAAGGGACGAAAACCACCGUUUAAAAAUUUUACCAUGGAAGGAGCAAUCAUCGAUUGGGAAAAUUCAAAUGAAUCUCAAGUGACUUUGGCUAAUGUUGAUUUUAAAUUAUCCGGACAAUUUACCUGUGAGGUAUCAAUGACCUCACCAUUGUAUACAAAAGCAUCUGUGGAACAAUUUAUGAAUGUUUUUUUACCACAAACGGGCCCACCGGUGAUCAGAUUCCGUAAACGCAGUCCUGUGGCUAUUGGCGAGCGUCUAAUGGCAUUAUGUAAUACAACACGUGCCCGACCAGCACCACACAUUACAUGGCUUAUAAAUGGCAAAAAGGUUGAUGAGAAACACAUACGCACCCAUCAUGUUUAUUCAAUCAGUGGCAAAAAUCAUCGCAAACCACCACAGCCACACGAGCAGGAGGAAUACAACCUACUCCAAGCGAAACAAAAGAAGCUACAAAAGCAAACCAUUCAACAGCAGUAUCAUGAAUCCCAACAGCAACCACACACGUAUACCCAGCAACAAUAUAGCAUUUAUCAGCCACAAUAUCACAUACCAAUGAUACCAGAUCGAUGGGAUAAAAGUUUACGAACUGGCCGUGGUUGGGAAGAUUAUUCGGUUACACAACAUAAAGGCGGGCACCACGGACAUCAUGGCGACGGACAUCGUCAUGCCGCACUUCCUUACAACAAUCCCUUCGGUCAUUUGGCCAUCAUUCACGACAUCGAAUUUGAUGAUUAUGAACUACAACACAAUUAUGACAAUAAUAAGCAACACAUGGAUAAUACGGUUAAAAAACAUAUGGACAACAUGAAGAAACACAGGAAUUCUUCAAGUCGUAAAUAUCGUCGUCACAUCAAUGAAAAUGCUCUUGGCAUUAUACGCAGCACAUUGAAUAGUGGCGGAUUUGGUCCUCAGCCACCCAAUAUGAAUAAUGAACUGGGCAUACCUCCAAAUGCUGGUCCCAUGAAUGCAUUUGCUGCCAGUUAUGGUAGACCUUUGUCACAUCCUGGUGGGGGCAGUGGAGUGGCUGCUGCAGCAGCAGCUGUUACCGAAGCCCAACAAGAGAAGGGUAUGUUUUCGGUGAGCCAACUAAACAUUGAGUUGACAGAACAACAUGUGGGUCCUAAUGGUCGUAUGGAGCUGACAUGUCUCUCAACAAUUCCAUCAGCUGUGGGUCCUGGGGAACAGUUUGCGGAUUAUAAAACAUAUUCGAUUAAGGUGGAUGUUGGACGUACAGAAACAACUACCAUCUCAACAACAACACCUACUAUUGGAAUGGCAGCCUUAGGCAAUGGUGUAACACCAUCGUCAGCGACGUCAUUGGCACCAUCGUACAAUCGCAUAACAAAAAUCCAUAAUUUAUGGCUGCAUAUAUUUGCGAUUAUCUUUGUAUUUUGGCGAAUAUUGAAACAACAACAUUAAGGAAUUUUAAAAUGUAAAAAUUGUAAAACUCUAAGAUAUGAUGAAGAAGAAGAUAUUUGAUUAGAUAUGAGAUUAUAAAUAUAUACUAAAACUAACACAUAUAUUCGUACAUACAUAAGUAUGUACAUCUACUUAUAGAAAGCCAAAAGCAAAAGAACAAAACAAGAUACUUACAACCACUAAAAAGGGACAAAAUAAUGAAGGUGGGUUAAACAAGUGACAUACAUUUCCCAGUGAAUAAAAAUAAAAUGAAAAAAAAAAACAAUAAACCCCACCGAGUGAAUAAAAACCACUUUAGAAAAUAGAUGAAGAUAUUACAAGAAUUAAUAAAUUGAAAAGGUUUGUUUUUUAUUUGAAAAUAUGUUUUCGCCUCGAAAAGUUACAGUAGUGAUCAAUAAAAAAGAACGAUUAAAUUUAAAACCCCCUUUUGGAUAUUUUACAUUGUAAAAUUUACAAUAUUUCAAGAAUAUCUAAUAUUAUGUAUUAAUUGCAACCAAGGAAUAUUUUUUUUAGUUUUUUAGAUAUAUCAUAUCGAUAUUUAUAUUAAGUGUUAAGAAUUUUAACACAUUGUAAUUUACUCCAUCCACAAUAAAUAUUAAACGUGCAAGAUAUUUUAUUGAAAUUUGGAAUCGUUAACAACAGCGAUAUUAAUUUGAAUAGCAUGGAAUUUUUAAUUAAAUUUUUAAUUUUUACAAAAUUUAGUCGAUUGUGAAGGAAGUUGCAAAAAAGUUUCCUAGAUUCCAAUAACCAUUUUAAAAAUAAAUAUUUAAUUUAUGUUUUUCGAGAAUUUUUAUAUAAUUGUAACGAAAUCCAAAAAAAAAAGAUUUGUCUGAAUCGCUAUACAAAACCAAUAUUGCAGUUCAACUGCUAUUUAUUCCAAUUAAUUUGUCUUAAGACUGUUUUUUUUUUAAAUCAGUUUAAAUAUUUAUGAACUGUUCCUUAACGCGGAAUCUCAUUUAACAGAAAACUCUCAUAAUCGAAAAAUGUUUGAAGAGAUUUUAAUAUUUGUAAAUAACUUUUAAACAAAUCAAGGGAUUUUAAUAAAUUAAAACAGUUUUAGAAAGUAUUCGUUUCUCUUCUAAAUUCUUACACCAAAAAUAAUAGAUAGAAUAAUAUAUUUUUUAAAUUCCGAAAAUGAAUUUGAAAAAUAUAUAUGAAAGGAUAUAGAUAACGUAUGUUUUGCAGCUCUAAAAAAACGGAUUUUGAAUUAUGCCAGUCUUGUCUUGUCAUUUAUAUGUGAUACUAGAAACCCAUAAAUAUUAAUCAGAAAUUUGUUUAACUUUUUACAGGGUUGCAAUAGUAAAUAAUUUAAUAAUUACUACUCAUUAUUUUCAAACUGAAACCAAAAAUUAUUGUUUAUUUUUUUGUUUUUCACAAUUUCUAGGACAUUAAAAAAAGUUCCACAAUGCAUAUUUUCAAACUGUAACAAAAAUAUAUAAAAAAGGGGAAAUUUACUGAAAAAUAAAAUAAAACACACACAGCAACCAAAACACCUUGAACUAAGAACUCUGGCAAAAAAUCGAAAUUUUUGUUUGCUUCGAAAUCAGUGGAAUAAAACAAUAAUUUUUUUAUUAACAAAAACAUUUUGUAGGAAAAUUAAACUGAAAUGAAAAAAAUAAAUAUUUGUAAAAAAAAUAGUUGUACAUAUACAUAGAUGAGUGUUAAAUAAAUGUAGAAAAAAUAUAUAAAUAUAAAUGAAAAGAAAAUUCUAAUGGAAAAUAAUUGUGUAUUUGCUGUAGGUGAAAUGUUUUUUUUUUAUAUAAGGAAUUAGAGCAACAAUAAAUCCCUUUAAAUUACCACAUUAAAAUAUGUAAGUAGAACAACUCUACCAAAGAUUACAACAUGUAUUGUAUUUAAUCAAAAAUCUUUAAGUUUUUCCAUUACCACACAUGUUCUUCUACUCUCUAAAACUUUGGAAUAAUAUGACAAAAUUAAAAAAAAUAAACGAAAUAAAUUUCCUAAAAACUAAGAAGCUUAAUAAAACAAUCAGUGUUAAAAACAUUUAAGAAAAAAUAUAAAUAAAUAACAAAAAAAAAAAUUAAAAAAGAAACAAAUUUAAAAACAAAUGCCACAAGUACGAGUAAUAAACUAUUAAUUAUAAAAUAACAAACAAUUUCCAGCAACUUGUUGCAUUUUCAAAUUUUAUUUAAUUUUUAUUAUUAUUAUUAUUUUAUAAAUGUAAAAAUUAAACAUAUAAAACUAAACAAGUUGCCAUAUUACUAAAAGAAAUUGUUUAGGGAAUGAAUGAUUGCAUAUGUAUAAGGAUGUAAAAGUAUGUAUGCUAAUGAUGACCGGAUGUAAAAUGUGUAAAAUAAAGAAGUAUUUAAUAUUUAAAGAAAUAAGUAAAUGAAUAUUUGUAAUUUUUUUAUUUUCUUAUGUUUAUUGACAAACACCAUUCACUACUACAUAUACAUACAUAAACAUUUACCUCCAUAUUCUUAAACAAAUUUUUAUUUUAUAAACGAUUUAUAAAU